AUGGACAAUAUCACAAGAGGAGGGCCCGUCGUCAUGAUCAACAGAGGGGACUACCCGAUACAGGUCUUACCCUUACCCAGGCUUUCCACAGAGGAGAUCGAAGAAAAGACGAAGCAAGGCAAUCUUGGAAGUCCUCAAGUUCUCGAAUGGCUUUGGGAUAUUGUCGCAGGCCCGGUCCUAGAAGCGCUUGGGCUCACGCAACCGCCGCCCUCGGAUGGCGAUGAUGACUGGCCACGUGUGCGGUGGGUUCCCGUCGGCGCCCCGAGCAGAUUCCCGCUCCACGCGGCAGGACGACACGAUAAGCGCUCCAACGAAGCAGUAAUCGACAAGGUGAUGUCCUCGUAUAGCCCGUCCAUCGGAGCCAUCAGGCAGGGCAUGAAACUUCGCCAUGAGAAGUCUACGGUUGCCAAGGCGCUGCUUGUCGCCGUUGAGCACACCCCAGGCAGCACAAAACUCCCCUUUGCAACGAAAGAGGUGGCCAUGCUGCGCAGACAUUUUUGCGAGUCUACGUCAAUACAGCCUAUCGAGCUAGAACGACGAUGCACGGAAGAGGUCCUCUCCCAUCUGCGAGAUUGCGACAUCUUCCAUUUCGCCGGUCAUGACUACACAGACCCCAACAACCCCCUGCGGUGCCACUUGCGCCUAGAGGACUGGAAGGACAAUCCCCUCGAGGUAGCUGAUCUGCUGGCGAUCAACCUGCGCGAGCGGCCCCCGUUCCUCGCCUACCUUUCGGCGUGCGGGGCCGGAAAAAUCGACGACGAAAAACACCUCGACCAAAACCUGAACCUGAUCAGCGCGAUCAUGCACCAAGGGAUACGAGACGGGGGCAUGACGGAUGUGUCUGUGUGUCGGGCUCCACAGAGCGAGUAG